GUUUGCAGUUUUAUAGCACAGAUAAAGCAGUAAAAAUAUUCGCUAAAAAGAAGAGAAAGACCACAUUGGAAGAGGAAAAGGCAUUAUCUAAAGGUCAUGUGAUGAUUUCUUACCAAUGGGCAGAUCAGCAGGUACUUAAAAAUGUACGAGACAACAUCAAGGCAAGGGGAUAUAAGGUUUGGAUGGAUAUUGACCAGAUGGGAGGAUCCACACUUCAAGCUAUGGCAGAGGCUGUGGAAGGUGCUGAUGUGUUCCUUAUUUGUAUGUCCAACAAGUACAAGCAUAGUCCUGCUUGCAGGGCAGAGGCAGAAUAUGCAUUUCAACUACGCAAAAGGGUUAUUCCAUUAAAGAUGGAGAGAGGGUAUACUCCUGAUGGAUGGCUCGGCUUUAUAGUGGGCGCCAAGUUGUUCUACGAGUUCAGCCCAAAGUAUCCAUUUGAAGACAAGAUGAAGGCCUUGCUUAAGGAGAUAGAUGGAGUACUAGGAAGAUCAGGAGAUGUUCCUGAUUCAGGGGAGAUUAUCAAACCUCUGAUUCCUUCUGUUACACUGUGUGUGGCAAUUAUUCUUCAGGUGACGGAGGCAGCAGGUGCUCAUUCUAUAGAUCAUCCAGACACAGCUUCUUCUGCGAGUACUACGGUUGCUAAGAUAUCACUUUCUAAGGCAACCAUUGAAAAUGUGAGAAAGUGGACGGCAGACGAUGUGAAAAAAUGGAUUGUCAAGAACAGAUUGGAAAAGUGCGGAAUCAGCAGUUUAACUGGCGCAGAUAUCGCACUCCUCGCUAACAUGCGAGUAGAAUGUCCUGAUUUUUUCUACAAGUGCCUCCAUGAUAUGCUCAGAAUUAAGAAUUUGUCAACAUUGACAACAAUAGUCUGGGCUUUACAUGAUUUAUCUUAGAUUUAACAUGUGCUUACAUAUUUAGUUACACCCUUUUUAAACCUUUUACUGAACGAACUUUAGUUAUAAAAUAAUAAUGUCUUUACCAAGGAAUUUAUUGAAAAAAUUAACAUUACCUUUUAUCAUGUCUAUACCAUGUACUGAAGAUUUAUUAAAGAU